AACAACAAAAGCAUCAGCAGCAAUUUUAUCAUCAAAAUAGUCAACAAUAUUAUUAUGGUUCUUCCUCAAAUCGUCUGGUUGAUUGUAAUUUACCUUCUAUCGAUGAAUCAAGGGCAAGGUUAAUUGUUAUGGGUGAAGUUUCCAGGCUUGAGAUUCAUAUUCGCAAAGCUUAUUCGUUAAGUAAUAAUCUUCAAGCCUAUGGUGGUGGUCGUCGUCUUUGGAGUAAUAAAACAAGUAAACCCGUCAUCUCCUCGAUUACCAGUGAGACUGAGGAAGAUGAAGAUACCUUUGUUGAUGAUCUUGGUGGUUCAUCGUCCAGUGGUUCUAAUCAACAAUUGACCAAUUCAAUAAGCGCAGCAUAUUAUGGGUUAAAAAAGCUGAAAGAGAAAUUGGUUCGAAAUUUAAAUCCUUUAACCGAUGUUUCCUAUCUUUUACCUUUUUGUGAGGUGAUCAAAGAUCCUGAUAUAAGUGGACCAAUUACCGAUUUAGCAUUACAAUCAUUGAUUAAAUUUCUUCACAAUGGUAUAAUUGAUCCAACAGAGGAAAUGGGAUCAGCUCAAUUAGUUGGUGAUUCUAUUAUAAAGGCUCGUUUUGUGGCCACCGACACUGCCAAUGAUAAAAUUGUUCUAAUGAGGAUACUUACCGCUCUUCGAGAAAUAAUUGUCAGAGGUUUCAAGUCGAUUACCAAUGAUACCGUUUGUGAGAUUAUGCAAUCGUGUUUCAGAAUUGCUUUCGAGUCCCGAUUAAGUGAACAAUUACGUCGAACCUCCGAACAAGCUCUAAUGGAUAUGUGUCGAGUUUUGUUCAGUCGAAUCCAUGAAUUUGAUGAUAUCUCUCCAGGGUAUGGAACUGUUGUUAAAAUUUCGGGUCCAGUUAAAUUUCCAACACUUGCUACAAAUCGUAAAAUAGUCAACAAAUCAAAUGAACAACAUCAAAUUAAAUCAACAACAACAUCAACAGUUUCACAAUCUCAACCAACACAAUCAACAACAUCUAUUGCUCCAUCUCCAGUAGCAUCACCAUCAUCAGGAACAACAACAACACCACCACCACCAACAACAACAACAAUACCAACAUCAUCAUCAUCACCCCCGUUAACAACAACAACAACAACCACUACGACAGAAUCGGUUAAUCAACCAACAUCAUCAUCAUCUGGUCAUCAACAACCAGCAGGAACAUCAGAGUUUGUUAAUAGACAUGGGAUCAAAUUUUCUGAAGAUACUUCAAUUCCAAGGGCUGGUGAUAUUUUCUCCCGUAAAUUGGGACGUAAAAAUUAUGACCUUGUCUGUAUUCACGAACUAUUAACCUACCUAACAUCAUUAAUCAAUCCACUUCCCGAAAGUAACAAUACCGAUGCAAGUGUCAACGUUGGCCUUAAUCUAUUAACGGUUGCCUUUGAGACAGCGGUAGAUGAGAUAGGAAAUAAACAAUGUCUCCUUGCUAUAGUUAAAAAUGAAUUAUGUUGGAACCUUUUAUUGCUUUUACAACAUGAUAAACAUCUUACACCUUUCUAUUCAUCCAUAUGGUUAUCAUUUAUAAUAUUUAAAUAUCACCGAAUUCACUUGAAAUAUCAAUUAGAGGCUUUAAUUGUUCGUCUAAUGGACAUAAUUGUUACCAGUAAUUCACCAACUGAAUUUAGGGAGAUUGCAUUGGACAGUUUAUAUUCAUUCUUUCAACAUAUUCCCCACCUUUGUCAUGAGAUGUUCAUCAAUUUUGACUGUGAUCCUUAUGCAUCCAAUUUAUUGGAAGAUGUUCUUAACCUUUUAUCGAAAAAUUGUUUCACCCCUGCCCUAACCUACCCUGGAAUGGGAGGUGGUGGUGGUGGAAGCGGUGGUAAUCCCUUACAGCCCAAUCCUGCAACUUUUUCCACCAUCCAAAGGACUUCACUUUACACUCUCCUGGUCUGUUUACGAAGCUUACAAAGGGUCGAAUUAAAAUCAAAUGAAAUGGUCCUUAAAUAUGCCGAUGUUGAGGUGUUACAAUUUAUUCGAGCAGUUUCAAGAGUAAACGAGCAAAAAAUUAUCCCCGGUGAACCAAGUGAGAGUAUCGAUAUUGGCGAUGUAAACUCAAAUUCUCCCCAACAUAUUGACCUGGGAAUCGUUAACUCGUUAAACACAAUGGAAACAAACUCUUUCGAGGAACCAUUAACUGAAAUUGUAGUUGUCCGAGAUGAGGGUGACCUUUCACCCGUUAAACCUUCACCACCAUCUGAGAAAAAUGAAGAUCCAGAAGUAAUUCCAGUGAUCACCCGACGGAAACCAACAGUUUUAUAUCUUCCCAAAAGUAUAUCAGAAAUUGAACAAUUAAAACAGAAAAAGAAACUUCUUUGGAUGGCAUCGGAACAAUUUAACGCUAAACCAAUCAAAGGGAUUAAUUUUCUCCAAGAACAUAAAUUAAUCACCGAUGAGAAAGAUAUUGUCAACUUUAUUAGAGACAAUUCCCGACUCGAUAAGAAACAAAUCGGUGAAUAUUUGGCCAAUAAGAAAAAUCUUAUCGUUCUCGAGGCUUUCGUCAAAUCCUUUCAAUUUAAAGAUUUACGAAUCGAUGAAGCUCUCCGUCUCUAUUUGGAAUCAUUCAGAUUACCCGGUGAAUCUCCGUUGAUCUCUCUAGUUCUUGAACAAUUUGCGCACCAUUGGUUUGAAUCAAAUGAUGAACCUUUUGUCGAUGAAGACGCUGCCUUCAGUUUAGCUUAUGCUAUAAUUAUGUUAAACGUUGAACAUCAUAACGCAAAUGCCAAAAAACAAAAGGAACCAAUGACCUGCGAAGAGUUUAUCAGUAUGUUACGAAAGGUUAACGGUAAACAAGAUUUUGACCCUAAUCUACUUCGUGAUAUUUAUAUAACAAUUAAAAACAAUGAGAUUGUUAUGCCUGCCGAGCAGCAUGGAAUCGUCAGAGAAAAGUAUCUCUGGAAAUGUUUACUUCGUCGUAGUGAAACCGAUUCAGGAACUUAUUGGUUUGCAACUGAAUUAAAAACAACAACAACAACAUCAUCAUCAUCUCAAGAAGGAUUAUCGUCAGAUAAUUCAAUUAUUCGGGAUGAAGAUCGAUGUUUACAAUUAUCUUUAAUGAAUGGGCCAAUUUUCAAGAUCCUUUGGGGACCCGUUUUAUCAGCGAUGACCUUUGUUUUUGAUAAGAUUAACGUUCACCAAAAUUCAGUUUUAACUCGUAAAAUUUUAGGCCAAGGUUUCACCGUUUGUGCCCUGCUUUGUGCUAAAUAUGGACACCUUGAUAAUUUGAUUAGUAGCCUGUGUAAAUUUACAAUUAACUCUGCCGGUGGACCGACAAGUCCCUUGGCCUCACAGAAAAGUCAACUAGCCGCUCAGUGUUUAUUUAAAAUUGCCCGUGAUUAUGUUAACGAGAUACGAUCAGCAUGGAUUGAGAUUGUUAAAAUGAUAUUGAAUUGGUUUAUUGCCAAAUUUUUGGAGGAAUCGUUGGAGUUUGAAGAUUUUGCCCUCGGGGGUAAACGUAUCGCCAUGAAGAGGAAAGAAAAACCUAAACCGAUAAAUAAAAGUGCAAAUGAGGGUUCAUCUAAUUUCCUAUCAUCUUUUUACUCUUAUUUUGCUGGUAAUCAAGAGGAAACAAGUAAUCAAUCAGAUGGAUAUUCAACUGGAUUUAAUGGUUCAAAUUUAAAAGAUUCUGGUGAUUAUGAUUGUGCCUCACAAUCAAUUGAAGUAAUUAAAUGUUACUGUAAACCAUUGUCCAUAAUUGAGGAAUCAAAAUUUCUACACACUGAUUCAUUGGUUGAACUAAUUAGAGCUUUAAUUAACGCUGAAAUUGAAUUGGAAGAUGAAGACGGUGAUGAUGUGGAAGCAUUUAGACUUGAAAUGUUAUUACAAAUUAUCCUUUCUAAUAGGGAUCGAGCUUCCGUUUUUUGGCCUCAUCUUCAAUCUUACCUUCAAAGAAUAUCAAAAAUCUGUAAUCACAGUGAACUAUUUGCUGAAAGAUAUAUUUCAGCAAUCUUCAGAUUAGCAAUUAGAUUCAGUCCAAGACCGGAUGCUUUCAGUGGACAAAUUUAUCAAUUAAUUCAGCUCAUGUUAACAACCUUUGAGCCGAAAGUUUUCCAAAAAUAUUACACAGCGAUGGCUUUGCAUUCCUUUAUUACCCAUAUUCAUUCAUCACUAGUCAAUGUGGAAAGUUGGAGAUUAAUAUUUGAUACUUUACUCUAUGUUGGUAUUGGUUAUAGACCUUCGGGAUUAAUUACAAGUAAAGGAGGAGUGGGAUCAGUUGAAUCGAUUAAUGUUCAAAGUGAUAAUGAGGAAAUUAAUCCACGUAAUCUAAUGAAAGAAUCAUCAUCAUCUUUAUCUUCCCUUCCCGGUCGUGGUUAUACUUCAGAUUCUGAAAUUAAUUUACAAGCUUCGCAUAAAUCAGGUAGCUUAGAGUCAAUUAAUUCAGACGGAAGUGGAAGUGGUGGAUUAGGAUUAGGUGGAGGUAAUCCAUAUAAACUGAUGACUGGUGAUUCGAUAGGAACUGGUAAAGGAAGUGUUUACUCUAUCAUGGAUUUAACAGCAUAUGAGAGAUGUACCGAAAUCUUAACUUUGAUUAUUCGUGAAAUUUUACCCAAAAAUUUGAUUAAGUCAAAUGGUCAAGAGAUUGAUGAUUUUAGUGGUUCCGUUACUCAAAUGGCCAUUGAUACAUUGAGAAAAUUUGUUGAAGCUUCGAUUAAAAUGAAUUCUAUUUAUAAUCAUGGUCAUCAUUCCCAUCAUCAUCAUCAUCAUCAUAAUUUGAAACGAAGUACAUCUUAUCAUAAUAGUGGACAAAGAACUGGUCAAUUAUCAUCAUCAUCACGAUCUUCCAAUCGAUCUCUAUCCAAUCGUCGUAACACCUCAGCGAUUGGUUCAAGUGGGGCUUAUAGUGAUUCAGAUGAAGAGUUUAGCAAUUUAAUGGAGGGUAUUUCAGAAGGAGAGGAGAUUAAUAAGCAAAAAUUAACUUCAUUUACUGAAUCAUGUUCAUUAAAGUUACUUGAUUUAAUGCAUCAUCUUCAUCUAAACGCUGGUAUCGCCAGUGAUCAUGGUGCCAAUGAGUAUCUCUGGUCAUCUGUUUGGUGUCCCCUUCUCCAAGGGAUGGCACUACUUUGCUGUGAUUCCCGUAGGCCGGUUCGUACCUGUGCACUUACCUUUCUUCAACGAGCCCUUCUAAAUCACGAUAUGAGAAUCCUAAAUGCCCACCAGUGGGAAAGUUGCUUCAAUAAGGUUCUAUUUCCUUUGUUGGCCAAACUAUUAGAACCAUUAAAUACCCGGGAUCCUGUGGGCAUGGAUGAGACUCGAAUGAGAGCAACUAAUUUACUCUGUAAAGUUUUCCUUCAACAUCUUCAACCUCUCCUGGAUUUACCCACUUUCACAGCUCUUUGGUUGACCAUCUUGGACUUUAUGGAUAAAUACAUGAAAGCCGAGAUGCAAACUGACCUGGUUAAAGAGUCUAUUCCCGAAUCGUUGAAAAAUAUGCUUCUAGUUAUGGACACAGCAAAUUGUUUAAUUCUACUCGCAUCGAUCACAUGGGAUCGUAUUCACUGUUUCUUACCCAAUCUUAAAGAGGAAAUCAUGCCAUCGCCACCACCGCCACCUCUUCCAGCACCAGAACCAGAAAAUCCACCUCAACAAACCACACCCCACAACCACAACCACAACAGCAUCAACAACAACAACAACAACAACAACAACAAAACCAACAAUUUCCACCACAACAAUUACAUUCACCAACGUUGCAGCAACAACCACAUCUUCCUACUCUACAUCAGCCGAUAGUUGAACAAUAAACUCAGUUGAUUUGUAUAAAACAGAAAGAGUCUUAUUCAAUUUUCCUAUUAUUAUUACCAAUAUAAUUGUUAUGGCUAAAAAACUAAAAAAAGUUCUUAUUACAUUACUAUUAAUGUAAAAGAAAAUUAAUAUAAAAAAAUCACAAUUAAAGUGAGAAGAUAAACGAAA